UUCCUCUUACUGAACUAGUGCCUUUCAUUCAUUCAUUAGAGGUGAAGAAAUGACUAAAGAAGAAGACUUUAAGCUGCUCAAGAUUCAGACUUGUGUUCUCAAAGUGAACAUACAUUGUGACGGUUGUAAGCAGAAAGUGAAGAAACUCCUUCAGAGAAUUGAAGGUGUUUACCAAGUAAGCAUUGAUGCAGAGCAGCAGAAAGUUACAGUCUCAGGGAGUGUUGACUCUGCAACUUUGAUCAAGAAAUUGGUCAGAGCUGGUAAAUAUGCUGAGGUUUGGUCCCAAAAGUCCAACCAGAAUCAGGAUCAAAACCAAAAGCAAAAGAACAACUGCAUCAAAGAUGACAACAAGAGCAAUAACAACAACAACAACAACAACAACAAAAACAAAAGCCAGAAGCAAGGUAUUCUCAAAGGUAUGGAAGCGUUCAAGAACCAGCAGCAGAAGUUUCCCAUUUCCAUUCCAGAGGAAGAGGAUGAGAACACGGGUGAUUAUGAAGAAGAUGAUGAAGAGGAUGAGUUGCAGUUUCUCAAAUUGAAUCAGCUCGGUCAGUUGGGUCAGCUUGGCGGUUUGCUGAGACAUCAAGCUCUUGACGCUGCAAAUGGUGCUAAGAAAGGUGCUGGGAACUUUAAUCCAGAUUCCAGCAAUAUCAAUAAUAUUAACAACAAUGUUAUGAAUGGGAAUGGUGGGAAGAAUCGGAACCCCAAUCAGAAUAUGGGAAUGAAGAUCAACCCUGGUUUGCUUGAUCAAGAAACAUUAGCAGCUGUGAAGAUGAAUGCUGCAGCCGAGGCCAAGAGGGGAAAUGACAUGAACUCUGUUGCUGGUCUUUCGGGUUUUCAUGGAAUUGGUGCUAAUGUUGUUCCCAAUGCUGCUUCUGUUUUAGCAGCCAAUCCCAAUGCUGUUGGAGGAUACCAUCAAGUUCAAUCCAACAAUUGCUUGCAGGGGCCUCCUGCAUCUAGUUUCCCAAAUGGCGGAUAUGCUACCGGUCAUUAUCCAUCGUCGGUGCUCAUGAACAUCAACGGCCAUAACUAUCCAUCAUCGAUGAUGAACCUGCAGAACAGGCAUACCCUGCAGCAACAACCUCAGAUGAUGUAUCAUAGAUCCCCUUUAAUCCCUCCAAACACCGGCUAUUAUUACAAUUACAACCCUCCACCACCAAACUCAUUCCCUGAAGUGCACAAUUACAAUGCUGAUCAUCAAUCUACAGCAACAACCCAUUUGUUCAGUGACGACAACACAAGCAGCAGCUGUUCAAUAAUGUAACGAGUUAGUAAUUCUACUGUGUAAUGGGAGAGUACAAAAUCUCAAGUGUAGUUGUUGAGUCUGCUAUUAUAUUUUAAUCUUAUUUAAGUAGUAUUUAACUUCAGCUCUGCCUGCUUGUGUUCUAGUACUUUUUUAUUCUUCACAUGGAUAAUGAAAAUGUGAUUUAUCUUUAAAAUUAA